AUGGCCAAUACACAAACCUCCAACAACGAGUUCCCAUACUCUCUGUACGAUCCCACCCCGCCUUUCGGGGCCUGCAAAUCUGCAUUUGCUGCACCUUGUUACAAGGCAUGGGACACUAACACAGGGUAUAGGACCAUCUCCCUGCCACUCCCAACCCAUCGCCUCGCAUCGUCUGCCCUCCAGACCCUCGAAGUCGACACCGAGCUCUCCCCAUUUGUGCGGCGCACCUUCCUCCUCACGGCCCCGUCCUCGAACAAUCCCGGCGAGCCUCAAGAAAAGAAGCAAAAGCCGGACCCGGAUGAGUCCAAAACAGUUCUGCAGACCACCUACUGUGCGACCACAAAUCGCAUGCUUCGCGUCGCCGUCAAUGGGUUCAUGGAAAGCCUGGGUGUUAUUCUGGGCGUGAUGGCGGAGCUCGAUGUGGACGUGCUCAACGCGGAAGAGAUUGAGGGGUGA